AGAGAGAUGGACGAGAGAGCAACAGACAGAUCAGAGGGGGGGGGGGGUACAUAAGCAGAGUUCAUUUGUAACACGCACACACACACACACUCUCACACACACACACACACACACACCCUGGGAGGCUGACGGACGCUCGGCUGAAGGUCUGAACAAAGAUGAGUGCGGCUCUGAUCCAUGACCGGCUGCACAUUAAGACGUUCUGGGAGAAGAAGAUUAACUCUGAGGGUCAGUUUGCUGACAACGAGGAGCAGAGGAUGAACAAGAGCGCACUGAACAAGCUGAGGGGCGAGUGGCUCGUCCGUCUGGAAAGCCGAAACAAACACCUGAAGAUCCUCGACGACAGCUACGUGAGGAAGGUGAAGACAGAGGAGACGGACGAGACAUGAGCCGACAGACGGGAAAUGAUUGUCUUCGUCCUCCAGUUUAAAGACGAAUAAAGUUUCUUUUUUGGCAAAUAA